CAGUUGAAACCACGUUGGAAGUGUGUUGUUGUUGUCAUCUAUGGUUGUCAUUUGUGUGCGCUGAUUCAAAGUUGUUCACAUUAUUAUAAAUUAUUUGUGACAAAUUCUGCAAAGUAAUUAGUUUUCUGCGUUAGUGGGAUGAGUAAUACACGUGCUCCGAAUUUUACAAAAUCCGAAGAAAACUUGCUCCUAUCUUUAGUGAGCAAGUAUAAAAAUAUUCUGGAGUGUAAAUUGUCCAACACUGAUGCAAAUCAAAAAAAAAAUCAGUGUUGGAAGAAAAUUGAAGUAAAGUUCAAUUCUUUAUCUGGCCAGACCUUCCGGGAUCACAAAGUUUUGAACAAAAAGUACGAUAACAUUAAGAAGAGGACAACGAAAAAAUUUGCUGACGAGAAAGCCUAUGUCGGUGGUACUGGGAGAGGGUCACAACAAAGUAUUGAGGCCACCGAUGUUGAUGUGGCUGUAAAAGAAAUUCUCGGGGCCAGACUAAUGGGGCAUAGCAGCGAAUUUGAUGGCGAUUCCGAAACAACCUCAUUCCAAAGUAACAGCGGUAUAAUCUGUCUGAUGACGAAAAUGAUGAUUGUUUUAUGCCAAAAGAUCAAACCGGAGCAAUUUCGAGAGAAGUGCCUGUUAUGGAUAAAAUAAGUUGUCCCAAUAAAGAAAGUGAUAAACAUUAAUAAUAAUC